ACAGGAUUUCCGCUUUCGCUCCUUUCCGGCGGUGACGACCUCCCUACGAGAACAUGCCUCUCGCAAAGGAUCUCCUCCAUCCCUCUCCAGAAGAGGAGAAGAGGAAACACAAGAAAAAGCGCCUGGUGCAGAGCCCCAAUUCCUACUUUAUGGAUGUGAAAUGCCCAGGAUGCUAUAAAAUCACCACGGUCUUUAGCCAUGCACAAACGGUAGUAUUGUGUGUUGGCUGCUCCACUGUUCUCUGUCAGCCUACUGGCGGAAAAGCAAGGCUGACAGAAGGAUGCUCCUUCAGGAGGAAGCAGCACUGAAUGCGCCCGAUUGAGGAUGAGUGGGAGCCAUCCCAAUAAACACAUUUUGGAUAUA